AUGGUUGAAGUAGAAAAUCAUGGGAACUGGCUUCUCUCUGCCACGUUGCUAUUCGGGAUUUGGUCCGCACUCAUGUUCUGUGUGCGCGUUUGGGCAAAACUGAACGUUAGACGAUGGGGUAUAGACGACUAUGCCGUGACGGUGGCUUUCGCUAUUUCGAUACUAGACGUUGCCGCUAUAUUUGCUGCAAUAAAACGAGGAUAUGGUGCUUCGUUUGAUCGGAUACGGGUUGAGGAUCAACGCGCGUUGCUUUACGCGGCCCAGCAAUUUUACAUUCUAGCCAUGGGAUUCUGCAGAAUAUCCACGGCUCUAUUUCUUGUACGUCUAGCAUAUCCAGGCCCCCAGGUGAAACCAAGCUACAUUAUGGCUGGUAUCUCUGGAGCAUGGACAAUGGCCUCAAUGCUCACGGUUGCGCUGCGAGGCAACCUCCAUUCACCAUGGACUACUGUAGAUGGCACAGGCCCACUGCAUGCUCGCUGGAUUGCAGUAGAAGUCACUGGCUUAGUUAUCGAGUUCCUGCUGUUGAUGUUGUCCAUUAAGCUAGUCAAUGGUCUGCAUCUCAACGCACAGAAGCGUCUAGUCGUUUUGUCCGUAUUUAGCGUUCGUUUACUGCUGAUUCCCCUCGUCAUCGCUCGUCUAUACCUCCUAUCUCCGGCAGUCAACACUAAACCAACGUUCACAAGCAUUGUCCCAAGCAUUGUCUCCGAAGCCACCCUACACUUCUCCGUCAUAUUUACUUCCGUUACGUCUCUUCGGCCUUUCGUCCGGACGUUCCACGUCGAUUGCAGAGUAGACGGCAGGACUAAAUCAAAACAUAAUAUCCGGUCAGGUGACGACUCAAGGCCUCUGGAUUCAUACCAUAGACUUGAUAAUCUUAGAGAUUCUGAUGCAAAUCGGCAAGAAUCAAACACCUUUGGAUGGCGAGCAGUGGCAUAUCCUGCUAGAACACAUGUCUACGCCACUCACAAGUCGUCAGGGGCUGAGGCUACCGUAAGUGAAGCUGAAUUGAUUUCACGGAGGAGCAACGAAGCGACGCCAUCAAGUCAGAGUUAUCUCGCCGACACGAUGGCUAUUCAAAAGACGGUCAGUUGGUCAUUUCAAUACGAGCAGAGCGCUAUUUAA